CAGUGCCGGGUACACUCGCCGCGCGCACACUCCCGCUCACCCCGGUCCUGGGAGCCCGCGCUCCGCCACUCGCCGCACGAGGAGCCGAACACACAGGUGGCGGCGGUGGCGGCGCUCAGCCCGCGCGCACCUCGAACCACGCGGUGCCGCUCUCGCGCCCCCGGAGGUCGGCGGGGAAUCGCGCCAGGCGCGCGCGGCGCAGAGCCGAGACCCGGAUCAGCUCCCGCCGGAGCCGCGUGCCCGGGUUGAGGCGCUAAAGGGCUUACCCCGGAGGCGGGUGUGAGGGCGGGGAGAGGCUCCCCCUUAAAUACCGCGCCCCGCCACACUCUCGCGCUCACCCCGCCGCCGCCAGCUCGCUCCCUCGCCCGCCGCCGCCGGACUGAGCCCAAGAGGAGGGGGCGUUCCCCAGACCAUGGCAUCUACCGAAGGGAUUUGAACCUGGGCCAAGUGCAUGGCAAAGUACAAGUCCUACCUGGUGAACUAUCUGUCUUGUCCUCCAGUUAUAUGAACAUUGUCUUCAGCUGUAGAGUUGAACCAAAUAGCGUUGCCCUAAUUGGAAUCAUCAAUGGGAUCUGAAAACUAGUGCCAGAGUGGGACUACAGGCCACAGGAGCUCUGGGACCUCUGCUAAUUAGUUCCCAGGACUUCAGCAAUCAAAAAUGACAUUGUAAAUCCUGUUGCCAUGGCUGAAAUCUGGAAGUAUUUGACCUGAAGCCAAAUGUUCAACAUUCUGAGGGCCAACAACAUGCCCAAGCAGGUCGAAGUGCGAAUGCAUGACAACCACCUCAGCUCAGAGGAGCCCAAGCACCGGCAUCUGGGACUGCGCCUGUGUGACAAACUGGGCAAGAAUCUUCUGCUCACUCUGACGGUGUUUGGUGUCAUCUUGGGUGCCCUAUGUGGAGGGCUUCUUCGCCUGGCAUCACCUAUCAACUCUGAUGUGGUUAUGCUAAUAUCCUUCCCAGGGGAUAUACUCAUGAGGAUGCUGAAAAUGCUCAUUCUCCCUCUAAUCAUCUCCAGUUUAAUCACAGGUUUGUCAGGUCUGGAUGCCAAAGCCAGUGGGCGCUUAGGCACAAGAGCUAUGGUGUAUUACAUGUCCACAACCAUCAUUGCCGCCGUGCUGGGGGUCAUCCUAGUCCUGGCCAUCCACCCAGGGAACCCCAAACUCAAGAAACAGCUGGGGCCUGGAAAGAAAAAUGAUGAAGUCUCCAGCCUGGAUGCCUUUCUGGACCUUAUCCGAAAUCUCUUCCCUGAAAACCUUGUUCAAGCCUGUUUUCAGCAGAUUCAAACAGUGACAAAGAAGGUUCUGGUGGCGCCUCCAUCAGGUGAGGAGAGCAAUGCGACCAGUGCUGUGGUUUCCUUGCUGAAUGAGACUGUGAUGGAGGAACCUGAAGAAACGAAGGUGGUUCUCACGAAAGGCCUGGAGUUCAAGGAUGGCAUGAAUGUUCUAGGUCUGAUAGGGUUUUUCAUCGCCUUUGGCAUUGCCAUGGGAAAAAUGGGGGAGCAGGCCAAGCUGAUGGUGGAAUUCUUCAACAUUUUGAAUGAGAUCGUAAUGAAGUUAGUGAUCAUGAUUAUGUGGUACUCUCCCCUGGGUAUAGCCUGCCUAAUUUGUGGGAAGAUCAUUGCAAUCAAGGACUUAGAAGUGGUUGCUAGGCAACUGGGAAUGUACAUGAUCACGGUGAUUGUGGGCCUCAUCAUCCAUGGGGGCAUCUUUCUCCCCUUGAUUUACUUUGUAGUGACCAGGAAAAACCCUUUCUCCUUUUUUGCUGGCAUUUUCCAAGCUUGGAUCACUGCCCUGGGUACCGCUUCCAGUGCGGGAACUCUGCCAGUCACCUUCCGUUGCCUGGAAGAAAACCUGGGGAUUGAUAAGCGUGUGACCAGAUUUGUCCUGCCAGUUGGAGCAACCAUUAACAUGGAUGGUACGGCCCUUUAUGAAGCAGUGGCCGCCAUCUUUAUUGCCCAGAUGAAUGGUGUUGUCCUAGAUGGAGGCCAGAUUGUGACUGUCAGUCUUACAGCUACGCUGGCAAGUGUUGGUGCUGCCAGUAUCCCCAGUGCUGGAUUGGUCACCAUGCUGCUUAUUCUGACAGCCGUGGGCCUGCCGACAGAGGACAUCAGCUUGCUGGUGGCUGUGGAUUGGUUACUGGAUAGGAUGAGAACGUCAGUCAAUGUCGUGGGUGACUCUUUUGGGGCUGGGAUUGUCUAUCACCUGUCUAAGGCUGAGCUGGAUAGCAUUGACUCCCAGCACCGAGUGCAUGAAGAUAUUGAAAUGACCAAGACUCAGUCCAUUUAUGAUGAUAUGAAGAACCACAGGGAAAGCAACUCAAACCAAUGUGUCUAUGCUGCACACAACUCUGUCAUAGUAGAUGAGUGCAAGGUAACUCUGGCAGCCAACGGAAAGUCAGCUGACUGCAGUGUUGAGGAAGAACCUUGGAAACGUGAAAAAUAAGGAUAUGACUCUCAACAAAUUCUUGAAUAACCCCCCCCCCAGCAUAUCUUGUGGUAAAAGAGGUUAUAAACAAGCUUUCUUUUAAAAGGAAAAAAAUAUAUGCAUAUAUUUCUAUGUUUACUUAAUCUGUUAGCCGAGGCGUAGAGGAUCUGUUGUGAGUCAGUGAUAGGCACGGUGCUGUGUCUUUGCCAAAUAAUGCUUCGUAACCAUCUCGUUUUCUCACAUGUAUUACUGUUUGAGUGGAUGCUGCUGGAGGAAUCAGUUUGAAUUGAAGGUGUGUUCUUGCCAGCUUCCCUUCUUCUCUCAAGAUACAGAACUGUGGGUGCUCUUUGCCCAGGGGACACAAUUAAAGCUGUGAGGGACACUCUGGGGACUUGGGAUAAUGAGCAGACACUGUGUAUUCCUUCAAGCAUUCCCCUUGCCUUGCCUUGCCUUGUAACACACAAGAGAUUCUGUGAGAUGCCUCUAGAACUAAUCCCUUUCAAUGCCUUGCAGAGUUUGCCAGUGUACUGAGUUAAAACAAGUAACUGCAUGGGGUUGGGGGGGGGCAGUCUUCAACAACUUAUCUUCUGUAUACUUUUUAAAAGUUUUAAGAAAAAGUUCUAGUGAGGGCUAUGCUCUGAAAAAGGCAACUGACUCUGGAACACAUUUAGUGUCUGCUCUUCUCUACCUGGGCUGUGGGAAAAGUUACAAAAGUCUCAGAGUAUACUUUAUAUUUUGCUCUUCAUUUGCAUGUAGCCUCUAUAUUGUGACAAGAGCAAAGGAGCACAGUCAAUGUACAUUUCAACUUGAUCCCAAUUUGUUUGGUUUGCAUUCAGUCUGGCAUAAUGAAAGUCAGGGCAUUGAAUUAUGUCUUCACUGUCUCCUUAUUUAACCCAUGAAAUUCUUGUUUGGCAUCAUAACAAUAAGUUAAUUUUAACUCCCCAAAGUAUUUUAGUCACAUUUGCAUCAUCUAUGUUGUUUUAGCUUCCUCAAACAUACAUGAGAGUUUUGUUGGCUGUGGCUUUAAUAGCAUCUCCUGAUAAAAACAUGAUUUUAAAUCCAUUGAAAAUAUAUGGAUAGCAUUUUAUUUGCACAUGAAACCAGCUACAGGACACAGUUGGCAACAGAGCCCCAUUCUUUAGAAAACAAACAUGUGCAAAUUCCUAUGAAGUUGACCUUCCUAUAGUAAGGUCAAAUCAGCCUUGAACCCCAAGGUGGAAACAAAAGAUAAUUAUAACCUGUGAAUCUAAGCUUCACAGAUGACAGCUUUUCAAGGCUGUGAAAGUGGAGAGGAGAAACAGUUCACUUGGGAUUAGCACAGUACCCUGUAGACAAUAGACACCCAACAGAUCCAAAAUAUUGGUUAUGUAAGCCAAACUGUAAUAUCUCUACUAUCAUGUCUAUUGAAGAACCACAGUAUUUCUUUUUUCUUUUCUUUCUUUCUUUUUUUUUUUUUAAGUUUCUGGAUUUGGGAGUUUUCUGAGGACUUGAACAUGAAUCAUUGAGAAAUAAAGCACAUUUAAGUCUACAGAGCACAGAGAACCUUGUCCACAAAUUGGAGUGGAGUAGGUCCCCAAGACCAGCUGUUUGUUAGCUGGUGGGUCUUACAGUUCUAGUUCUUUUGGAGAGGUUGUUGAUGGGAGCCACUUGCCCUCGAUCGCACACUUUUUGUGACUUUUCUUUUUCCAAAUCAGAUACCUUUGGAACAUAAGAAAUAGCAUUUGUUUCUGGUCUCAUAAACUUAUUUUUGGAUAGAGAUCAUUACUGAGCAGUAUUAACUGGCCUUUUGCUUUUUUCUCCUUAAUAUCAUUGUUCCUCACUUUCACCAAAUGGACAGUUAACAGGAAGUUCUAAAUUGUAUAGUGGAAAAUGCAUCCUUUGCAACAGAUGUCAUGGGUCAUGGAGACAGGUCGCUUUUGGAUUUAGCUGGCAAACUAGUAAGGAUUAUUAUUUUUUUGUUUGUUUUUGCCUCCAGGGUUAUUGCUAGAACUCGGUGCCUGCACCACGAGUCUACUGCUCCUGGAGACUAUUUUUUUCCCUUUUGUUGCCUUUGUUUAUCAUUGUUGUUAUUAUUGUUGUUGUUGUCAUUGAUGUCGUUGUUGGAUAGGACAGAGAGAAACCGAGAGGAGGGAAAGACACAGGGGGAGAAAGACACCUGCAGACCUGCUUCACCACUUGUGAAGCAACCCCCCUCUAGAUGAGGAGCCAGGGGCUCGAACCGGAGUCCUUACGCUGGUCCUUGUGCUUCAUGCCAUGUGCACUUAACCCGCUGCGCUACCGCCCAACCCCCACAAUUAUUUAAUGAUUCUCCCAAUAAUUGAUUUUAUUUUAUUUUACUUUAUUUUAUCAUAAUGAGAUGGAUCUAGGCAAGGCACUUGGGAACUUGUGGUUUUUGCUGUGCAAAGGCAGCUUAGCACUUGUACAUGCUAAUGUUCUUCAUGGAGGAAUGGGCCUAGGACUAUCUUCCCAAGACUGCCUAAAAGUUUUCCCAGUUUGCUUUGUCUUCAUCUUCUUAAUUACCUAGUUAGCUUAUAAGUAUAUAAGGGGCCAGUAUGCUUAGAAAAAAUAAACUACACAGCUUAACGAAGUAGGUUUUUCUGGUUUGAGGCUGUAUGCAGUAAGUUUCAUGAGACCAUACUUAGCAAAUUGCAUUUAUAUGGGAAUUCAAUAAACUAUAUUAGAUAAAAAAAUUCUCAAAGUGAGGUCUAGCCUGAAAAUCAGAAUGUUUAUAGAGCUGGCAUAUAACUAUGUCCUAUUUAGAGAGAGAGAGAGAGAGAGAGAGAUUUGCCUUGCCCAUAAAAUGUGCCAUAUAGAGAAUAGACACAGAGUAUACCUCUAACCACCUUUUCCUAAAUAAGGUGUCUGUAAACUAUAAGUUAUAUGUUUAGAUUUAUAUACCAGGUCCAACGCAGAUGUGAAUUCUUCUAAUAAUCCAUUAGUAUUUGAGGAUGCGUAAAUGUUAUAUUUACAUACAGAUAUGUCCCCUGAAUCCUGUAAUGUCCAUAGGUCAUGGCUUCGUCAGUAUAAUUUUGCCAUAGACUCAUUCACCCAUUUUAGGAAUCAGAAUAAUUUCAAGAGAAGACCGACUAAGUAGAUGUUAAUACUUCCCUCCCACCACCACCCCUUACACACUGGGGAACCCAAGUGGAAUUAUCAUUUAAUUGCCUAUUACAAGUCAAUGACUCAAAUCCAAUCAAGGAAAAGAAAGACUUAUUUCCCAAGAUAUGCUUUACCUUGACUCUUUGAGACUGUGCCUCCCCAUCAGAGAAUUAUCAAGGGAAUCAUUCUGAUCACAUGGACACCGAAUAUGAGACCUCUAGUAUCCUCACCCAAGUAGCUGUCAGAUACAAUUCUUUACUUUCUGGUAGGUAUGAAAACAUAACCUAUAGUCUUAUUGCCUGCUGAAGUUAACUUGUCCCAGAAAAGAUGAAAUAUUUACUUCCCUUUUCUAGCUACCCAUUAGUCUGGAUGUUCAUGAAAAAGGAAAGGAUGUCAAAACGCUUUGCUCUUACAUUUACACUGAUAGAAGAUGAGAAAAGCUUAGGAGAAGUUCAGCUCGGGGAGAUAAACUCCCAGUAGGUAGUGCUAGGAAUCCCAAUAACCUGUUGAUUAAAGUGUAUGAAGUCAUUUCUAGUUGCUCAUCUUUCUUGUCCAGAUGCCCUUUUGGAGCUGGAUUAACAAUAGAAAAUCCAGUCCUGCUGUGUUUUUGUUUUUGUGUCGAAGACUACAUUUCCCUUUGUUUUCAAUAGCAAAAGUUAUAUUACAUAUUUCACUUCUGUUAGAAUCAAAGCCUCUGUCUGGCCUUUGUUCUUCCUGGAACUAUAGCAAUACAUCCAUAUAGGUACGUACUUGCUGCGAGAGAAUUCUCCACCAUCCAGACUCUUGAUAAGACAACCUCAGCAGCUCUUGACUGGCUUGAUGACUAAAAGUCCUUGGCAGUUACACCCAGCAGAGGUGGCUUUUCCCACUUAGCUGUUCUUCAGUUCUGAGAACCGUGCAAUUGUCUGGGCUGCUGGGUUUUGCUAUGCUUGAACUCCAGAUGACUUGUUCCAAGCCAAGAUAAAAAGGGGCCAAGUGGAAUUCUUCAACUAUUGUAACGCUUGCUCCUUGAAGAAGAAUAUCAGGGUCUGGUUGCCUAAGGAGAUUAAGUUGAAGAAAAAAGCCUGAAGGCUUUUGGGGAGUGAUUUUUUUUUUUUUAAUCCAAUUUCAGAAAAGAUUAGUAGUCACUGUAUCUUUGGCAGUUUCUGGCUAAAAACUAUAAGAUGACCAGAGUGCCAAGCCAGGCAGGGUACACUGCAGGCAGGUUGUUCUCCGUGGGAGGAGUGCUUUCAAAGCCAUAGUUGCUUAGGAGUUUCUUUAAAGAAACACCCAGUUUUUCCUUUUUCUCCUCCUUUCUUAUUCCACUUGUGAUUGCUGCUGCUUAAGAGACAGUUUAGUAAACAACCAUGCACGUUAGUACAGGUUGGUUUUAGAAUAGAUGACAGGGAAUCUUAAUUGAAUAGUAUUUAAUUUCAUAACAUAACACAGGGAACACACUUUAGGGAACGACAAAGAGAUGAUGAUAAAAUAAUGCACUUGAGAGGAGCACACAUUUGACUUAAACCCUGCCAAUUUUCAAUUGUAUGACUUACCAAAUCACUUUAAACUUUGGCUUCAUUUCUUUCCAUAUGUCAAGUCAAAGGGUUAGAUUUAAUGAUCAGCCCUUUCCCUGCCCUAAUUUUAUUAUUACUAUUUUUCUUUCACAAGAGGUUUUACUAAUAUGAAAUACUAGCUUGGUUAUAUUUUAACUGGAGGGACCCCCAAUAGGGAGUUCUCAAUUGGGAUUUUUCUUUUCCUCAUUUGAUAGAAAUUAUAUUGAAGCCUCUCUUCAUUUGAUGCAUUAAAACAGGCUUGGAAAGAUGGCCCUGUGAGUUCACAAUUUGAUGUUUGGGACCACAAAUAGAUAUCCUUAUAGAAAACUGCUCUUUGCCUAAACUCACUGUCUGGGUGGAAAUAGCAGUUCAGCUCUGGGCACAAAUGAUUCCAGAAUCACUGUGAGAGGACGGAAUGACUCUGCACCCUCACUCAGGCUCUUGCAUCACUCCUGUUGUGGCAACGGAGCCCACUCCAAAUACCACAGUUUGCUCCAGUCCUAAUUGCCAGAACAAUAAGGGAAGUUGGGAGCCAUUGGCAAAUACACUUGAACACACUUAUGAAAUUUGGUGCAAGACUUACACAAUAAUAGCAACUGCCUGUAAAUACCUUCCCUCUCUACUCAUGUGUAGUCACAUAUACCCAUGGAUGGGGUGGGCCUCAGCCAAGUCUUUUCUCCAGGGGAUGAGUAGGACUGUUUAAUGGAAUUCAUCUUCAGAGUUCUCUCUUGGGUGUCUGUAUUGUUUGGGGCAUCACAUCUCAUCACAGGGCUAGAAUAGCAUUUUCUUAGGAGAAUGAAGUAGUGCUGACUGUCACUGUCUUCUUUAAGGCCUGGGGUGGACAAAACACCUGAGCUGUCUGCCAGGUAUAUGUCAUCACCCAUGGCCUUUAAACAGUCACUUGAUGUUUCAGGAAGUGCUACAAUUGGCCACUGAUUGCCUCCUUAGUCUUUGUCGAAAUACAGAAUAGGUUGUUCAUUGCUGUUCUAUAAGUACCGUUGCUAUUAUAAGACUUCAGCUCUGCAGCAAUGAGAUGUGAAGCUAGAAAUAAAAUGGUUGGGUUAACUUCUGGACUUCCCCCCCCCGAAAGAGUAGCAGGAAAAAUUGUUUUCUUCACUAACCUAUAGAAAAAAAUAAGAUAAGUCCCCACGUUGUCAUUCAUUCACACUAAAUAAUCCAGAACAGUUACUAACAGGUUUGUUUUUACGGCCAGGCUUGCUUUACCUUCCUACCUCCAGACAAAAUUUAGAUGUUUUAAAAAUGAUCGCAGAUUGUAAGGCUUAGAUAGAUAAGGUUUAGAUCGGUAGAGUUUACGUGUGCUAAGAACAAAACUUGGUACUGAACAGCCCCCACUGCUCUGCUGAGUCAGCACUUGGCCCAGAACUGACGUAGCAAUAGGGCCCCAGCUGCCCUGGAGACACCCCCAGUCCCUGACUGACUGUUACCCUUGUCAAUAUCCCCCCUGGAGACAGGGAUGAUGCAGCCAGAGCCUUGCUUGCUCCUUCUGGGACAUCUUCUCCUGGCAGUCACCCAGCCUGCCUGGAAACAGCCAACUGGCAGGAAAGAACUGCACACACACUGGCCCGCAUGGUUGUUCUAGUGCCACUCUGAAGCCUCUUCCCCAUGGAGCAAAUUCCCUGAGAUGUAAACUCAUAUAGCUGAGAGUCCCUUUCCUUCCUGGGCUCCUGUUUUAUGGCGUCCUGACUUUAUACAUUGCCAGCUCUCCUGUCUUCCCUGCACUCCCCGGGGAACCUAGCAUUGCAUCCCCAUGUUGCACAACACAGAUCAGAUCAUCUGGUCACUAUAGAGAUUUGUAUAUAUAUAUUUAAAAAAACUAAUUUUGUGAGGAUUUUUGUAUAUUGUUUUUCUAUUUGUUUUCUACAGCUGGAGGAGAGAGCUGGCAAACUGUGAAUCUAAUUUUCUCUUGAUGCCAGCAGAUAUUUUUGACCUUUUGGUAAAAUAUCUAGGUUACCGGGGAUGAUAUAUUGUCCUCUGAUCAGUAUUGCACCCCAAACUCACAAAUUCCUCCAACCCAAUAUGACAUUUUUUAAAAAAAAAAAACAAAUCCCUGGGCUUUUUUUUUUUUUUGCUAUUAUUUAUGAAGAACACAAGAUAUGUAUUUAUACUCCUGGAUAUUAUAUGUUUAAUAUUAAUUUAGCCUUUAAUAACAUUAUAGGUUUGUAUCUACUCUUCAUAAAUCAAAAUAAAAAACAGUAUAGACUGAAUUGAUCUAUUUAGUAUCGUAAUUUUGCAGACAAGAUAUUUUCUUACAGUAUUUUCUAUUUAACCACAUAUGUAGAAUUACAACUAAUUGGAGAAUGAGAAGUUUCUAUAGAAACUGAGAGUUCUUAGUUCUUUCCUGAGCAUAUAGCCACAUUUGAAAAAGAACCCAGUCCUUCAUGAUGCGGUGAACAAAAUGACUAAAAAGUACAAGGAAUUCCUUAAAUCUUUUAGCUGUUUAGGAUAAACACUUUAACAACUAGUCAAGGAAUGGUACUAAUUCUUUCUUUUUGACACCAGGCAUUGUUUUCCAGUGAAGAAUUCUAAUUUUGCUUUACCCCUAAGAUGAAAAACAAGUUGACGAUAGUGGGAUCAUUUCUAGAUCGCUAUCUCCCAUGCCUUCCUAAUAAUUCAUGUGAAACUGGCUUAGGAAAACACUGAAUAGUGGAGACUGAGGGUGAGUACUUGGAAGCAAUGAGGAUGGAUUUGUUGCAGUUCAUUCUUGCCAAGCACACUGGGAGUAAAUGUCACAUUGGUCUAUGAAUGGAGCACGUAGUUGUAAGACAAGAAAACUGUACCACUCAGAAGCAAUAUUCUUAACACAGGGGCUUCAGAUGGCAGCUUAGACUCACGCUGAAAUUACUUAGAAGCAGCCUAGGUAGAUUCUGUCCUCGGGUGAAUAAUGACCUAUAUAAUUUCCCCCAAAAGACACAUCAGUAGCCUCUACAAAGACAAGGGGGUCUUGCUCCCACUCAACAUUCUGUCUUAAAUGGUUGUAGAGCUAACAGUUUCUGUCAUGUUUAAUAAAAUAGUCAUCUACACAGAAAAGUGUACUGGUAUGUAUUUGCACCUGCUUCUCACUAAGCACACAGAUUAGAUGUGUUCUCAACUUGCAAUUAUGUAUCUGGUUUUCAAGUACAGAUAGCCGUCAAAGCAUGAAGUUCUUAUGUGUGCACUGUAACACUUGGUUCACGCAUGAAGAACAGUGCCUAUGCACUUUGUGUAGCUAUAAUGUAGGUAUUAAUGUGUAAUUUCAGUGAAAUGGUGUAUAGAUGUUUUGUAACUUAAUUUCAAUGUUUUAAUUUCUGACAGUUCAUCUAAACACGGUAGACUUGUUUACUGGUGUUUUGAAAGUCCCUUCUUUCCUUCUUAGAUGCUGAGCAGUGAAUCUUUUCUCCUCGUUCUUGAUGUGAUUUUGAAAUGUGUAUCAGUGAAGAGCUUAUCCUUUGUGUUGAUGAAUGAAAGUCUGUGUGCACUUGGCACCUUUGUAAAUAUGCAGUUUAGAGCAGGAGAUGGUGAGGUGUGAGUCAUGAGUCUUAAGUGAAAGGUGAUCUGAUGGCAGGUAUAACAGUGGAACUUUUGAUGGUCUGGGUGUGGGUAGGUGUAGAAUGAAGACCUUUACCCAUCCACAGCUACCAGAGAGCCAAAGGAUAGUCCUUUGUGCAGAUAAGCAUCAUGUAAAGGUCUGCCUCUAUAGUUGCCAAAUACUGAUAAUGACACUCAAGACUUAAACUUUUUUGAGAACUCUGUGCUCCUUCAUUUCUUGAGUCAGGGUAUAGGAAAGAGAUUCACUGGCUGCUCAUUAUGCAGGUGAGACCCUAUUAAAAAAAAAAAAAAAAAAAGCACAGUUUCGAUAGUAAGCCACACAGUUGUCUAUAGAAUUACAGAGCACCAGGAGCACAGGAAUGGUCAGUGGAUAGGGUUGAGAGAAAGACAAGUGAUAAAGCACAGAUCCCACAGAUGUGGAGGAAUAUGACCUUAACCUAGAAGGGUCUGUGUGUAUGUUUUGAGUGACUCAAGAUGAGAUUGACUAAUGUGAUUGUAAACUUGCCUCCUAAAGCACACAUUCUAAUGUUCACUGGUUGGUAUGCUGUCAAGUCCAUAGUUCCUUUUAGCUCCUUUCUCCUCUGCAAGGACAGAGAAUAGCCAUGUGCAGUUGGGAUAGAAUGCCCCUCUCUUGAUAAGAGGAGUGAAACCUAAGCGAUUUCCUGACGGCAUUAAAAAAAAAAAAAUUUGCAGUGGCUUCUGCAACACUGAAGUGAGGUUAUGCAUAUGGUGAACCAUACAUUUUCCUUGUAAAUGUGGUGUCUUCAGCUACUGGCAUAUUCAAGAUGGAAACCUUCCAGAAAGAAAACCAGUCUGUAUGCAAGAUUCUCUUUGAAGAUAUUUGUAUGUUCAGAAUGAAAGCUAUGUUUAAUUUUUUACCUCACUUUUCAUAACCCCACUUUGUUUAAUGUCAUGUAUCGUAGGACAUCUGUAGCACAUAGUGUUUAAAGGCUAAUGAAUGCAAAGUAGAAAAACUUCAAUAUAAUUUUGGGGUCAUUUCUUAUACGAUGCUAGGAAAUGCCCUGUUGACAAAGCACAUUUUGGAUAAUUGAGGUCUUUUGUUUUUACCUUUAGCUUUCUAGGCCUUCUUAAGAUGUGGACUGAUUACUGUAACAUUUUAUGUGUAAAAUAACUGGACAUUCUUUAUAUACUGGGAAUAAUCUGUGAAUACAAUAUUUCACUAAGUGUUUUAACUUUUGUGUAUAUAUUUCUCAUCAAUAAAUGUGGAUUCCAACUUC